AUUUCAGCGUGAGUGUAUAUUUUGACGAUUGUUUUUGCAGGUACCGAAUAUGAUAUCAGAUUAUUUUCAUAUGCAAUGAGAAUAAGAAUUAGAAAGAAAAACAUGUGGAAUCCACUGAAUUGGUAUAGCAUUGAAGAACAGAGUACAGCUUUAGCCCAAAGCGGUCUCUUUGGUUUGUUCUUUUGUGCAUCCGUCAUUAUGCUGUGGAAAAUAUACAAGUCAGUUCAGAAAUAUGAAUUGCCUGCUAGAGAUAUCAGUAAAGGGCAUCGAUGGUGUCCCAUUGAUUCAUUCUCCAAUACAGCCUAUUGUAGCAUAUGUUCCACUCUAAUCAUUGAUGGCUAUUUCUGCGAUUCCUGUGGAGUAUGUGCUGAUUAUUCCUGUUACAAGAAAGCUGAUAAAACUCUCAAAUGUAAAGCUUUAUCAUCUGAUGAUUGUUCCAUGAAACACCACUGGGUAAAAGGGAAUAUUCAUGCACUCUGUUCCUGUGAUGUUUGUGAAGCAGAUUGUGGCACAGAAGCAGGUCUUUCAGAUUUUCAUUGCUGCUGGUGUCAGCGAAUAGUACAUAAAAACUGUCUAAAUAAUAUGUCGGAAACAUGUGAUUUUGGUCGCUUUCGCUCAUUUAUUGUGCCACCAUUUUGUGUAACUUUAAAAAAAGUUGGUCUAAAAGGUCGUCGUCAUUUAGUUGUUGAUGAAGUUAAACUUCCUCCAUACAGACCUUGGAGCCCACUAAUUGUUAUUGGAAAUCGCAAAAGUGGAAACAACGAAGGGGAAAAUGUUCUUAGGGCAUUCAGGUCCUAUUUGAAUCCGGCUCAGGUAAUUGAUCUUCAUGAAGUAAAACCUGAAAAAGCUCUGCAAUGGUGCAAGCUCAUUACUGACCAAAUAUGUCGCAUCCUUGUAGCUGGAGGUGAUGGUACUGUUGGAUGGGUUCUUAAUGCUAUUGACAACUUGAAUAUUGAGCCUCUUCCACAAAUAUGUAUUUUACCUUUGGGAACUGGUAAUGAUUUGUCUAGAAUAUUAGGCUGGGGUCAUUGUUAUUCUGGUGAACUAGAAGUGAGAAAGAUCUUAGAUCAGAUCUCAUCUGCUUCAGUAACAAGAUUAGACAGGUGGAAAAUUAGGAUUAUGCCCACUAGACAUCUGCCCAUAAGACAUCCUCCUAAAGAUUAUUUCAUGAAUAAUUAUGCAUCAGUUGGUGUAGAUGCAUUGGUUGCUCUGAAUUUCCACAAAACUAGAGAAUCAAAGUUCUAUUUGUUUAGUAGCAGGAUUAUAAAUAGGUUUCUAUAUCUUUUGUAUGGAGCCAAAGAUAUAUUAGAGAGAGGCUGUGAAAAUCUCCAUGAGAAAGUAGAACUUUACUUGGAUGAAAAAUUGGUACCUCUACCUGCAGUAGAAGCUGUGAUAAUCCUAAAUAUUGCUAGCUGGGGAGCAGGUGUUGAAGCAUGGAAUAUGGGAACACCUGAAAAGAAAUAUGCUCCUCAAAGACAUGAUGAUGGGAUGUUAGAGGUCAUCGGUGUCUAUUCAUCAUUUCAUAUUGCCCAGUUGCAAAUUGGAAUGUCUGAACCUGUGCGUUUGGGACAAGCCAGAAACGUAAAGUUGAAACUUCUUGAACGAUUACCUGUUCAAAUUGAUGGUGAACCUUGGGAACAAUCUCCCGCCGAAAUGAGCAUCAGCUUCCAUGGUCAAGCAACUAUGCUUUGUAACAGUCGCUAAUGUGUCCAGCAUACUUCAUCUUUAUUGCACUCCUUGUUAUUCAUCUAUGAAAGCUUUAAGUUUUUAUGGAAUCAAAGCAAGAAGUGCUUCAUAUCCAUUUUUAAUGAGCCCAUGUCUA